AUGGACUUCUCCUUCAAAAAUCCCCUGCCGCUCUCCACCCGCGCCUCGGCCACCUUCCCUCUCGUCCAUGGCGCAACCACGCCCCGGAGCCACCGGUCCAGCCCGGGCUCUGCGCUCCCGACCUCGGACCAGCCGUUUGCAGGCACCCAGCUGGAUCGGCCCACGGAUCAUGGCGACACUUCCGAUCCCCACUCGCGACGCCGGCCCUCCCCACGACAGCUGCUGAUCGACCCGCUAGGCCUUGACGGCGCGAAAUCAUCCCAUCACCGGCACAAGCACAGCAAGUCGCGAGAGCUCCGCCUGCCCCGGCCCAUGAGCCACCUCGCCUCGUCGGCGGCCAGCGCCCGCGGGCUGCUGCCAACCUGGUCUGGGAGAGAGAAGGACCGGGAGAGUGAUGAUGGGCUGCUGCGACCAAUCACCCGCGAGACGACGCGGACCUCUCGCUGGGAGUCCGACUCCACGGUUGGACUGGGCACGGGCAGUCGGAAGGGCAGUCCCUUGGACGUGCCCGAAUUUCCAGAUCAACUCGGUUCGAUUCGGCAGCAGGAGAUUCGGAACCGGGAUGACCUCGAUAUGGUUAAGAAGCGGCGGAAACAGGGCGAAGAAUAUCUGCGGACGGCCCUGUCCUCGAUAGGCACCCAGGCCACCGAUGUCACGCGCCGACUCGAUUACACUUAUUACAACCUAUUGGAGAAGCUCACGGCCCUCAGUGCGACCAUUGGGUCGUUCCAGGAACUCUCCGACUCUGCCUCGACCCUCCUCAAUGACUUUGAACGCGAGACGGCCGGGUUGGACCAGGAGAUCCGAAAACAGAUCAAUGAGCUGAAGGGGUUUGAACCGCAGGCGCAGAAAGCUGACGCCCUCGCAGAACGGAUGAAGGCUGGCCGACGGCGAGUGGAGGAUUUGGGGAACCGGCUCGAAGCCGUGCGGCAGGGAAUUGACAACUGGGAGCGGAGGGAGGUUGAAUGGCAGACGCGGGUCAGUCGGCGACUGCGCAUCUUCUGGAUGAUUGUCACCAGCGCGGUAUUGGUUCUGGCACUAGCCAUCAUCCUGCAGAAUUGGCCGGCAUCCCAGCCUCUGCUGCCCGUGACGAGCCCCGAGGUCGUGGAGUGUAUCGUCCACGCACCCGAAAGCUUUCCCAUACCGCACCCAUCGAGUCUCGCCGAUCGCCUCGAGAGCCUUCAUCAAGAACAACCGCACACGAGCCUCGAUGCGGCGCACGGGGCCGCGGCUACGUCUACGGAGCACGAUCCAUUGACCGUGCUGGAAGAACUGUGA